AUGACGGGGAGCAGUCCCUUGAGUGAUAGCAGCACACCAUUAGCCGCCUCUGACGACGAGCCGAACGUCACAUGCGGGGGCAGGCGGCACCGCGUGCUGAUGGUGUGCGACUUCUUCUUCCCCAACUUCGGCGGCGUGGAGAGCCACAUCUACCUCCUCGCGCAGUGCCUGCUGCAGCGCGGCCACAAGGUGGUGGUGCUGACGCACGCAUACGGCGACCGAGUGGGAGUGCGCUACCUCACCAAUGGCCUCAAGGUCUACUACGCGCCGCGCCGUGCCGUGUGGCUGCAGGCCACACCCCCGUCUCCGCUGCCAUGCCUGUCGCUGCCACUGUUCCGCGCCAUAGUGGUUCGGGAGCGCAUCGCCAUCGUGCACGCGCACCAGAGCUUCGCCCCCAUGUGCCACGACGCGCUGCUGCACGCCCCCACGCUGGGCCGCCGCGCUGUCUUCACCGACCACUCGCUCUGUGGCUUCGCUGAUGCUGCCAGCAUCCACAUGAACAAGCUGCUGCAGUUCUCAACAGCGGGCAUUCACGCGGCCAUAUGUGUGUCCCACACAAGCAAGGAGAACACCGUGCUGCGCGCUGCGCCCUCCCUGCCGCCGCACCGAGUGGCUGUCAUCCCCAACGCCGUUGACGCCAACAACUUCCUCCCCGACCCAACCCGCUGCCCGCCCCCCCCACCUGCUGCCCUUGCUGCUGCCCCUACUACGGGUGCUGCUGGGGAAGCCGCUGCUGCUGUUGGUUUGCGCAGCGAGGGGGCUGGAGGACGAGCAGCAGGGGAGGAUGGAGAAAGGGAUGUGGAGGAUGAGGGUAGUGCCGUGCUGUGCAGAGCUGCAGGCAGUGGGGGUGGGGCAGCAGCAUGUGCAGCAGGGGGAGGAGCAAAAGGUGGGGCAGGAGGGGCUGUGGGGCAGAGAGAGGCAGUCGGGGGUGGGGGAAGAGGGGAGGAGGCAACGAGGGAGGGAGGGGCAAGGGGAGCGUGGAGCAGAGAAGAGGCGGAGAGAGCAGCAAGCAUGACACACCCUCCAGCGGCUGAGGUGGUGGGGAGGGUGGGACCAUCAGGAGCAGAGGGGCUCGAGCACAGUGGCAUGGCAGUGGCUGCUGGGUGGGACAGGGAAGACAGCAUGGGGGUUGGCAUGGAGGCGAGCUUGGGGGUUGGUUCAGAGAUGCGAGGGGGAGAGGGGUCGGAGAUGGAGGUGGUGAUAGUGGUGAUCAGCCGCCUCGUGUACCGCAAGGGUGCUGACCUCCUCGUCGACGUCAUCCCCGCCGUCUGCCACCGCUUCCCCAAUGUGCGGUGGAUAAUAGGGGGCGAUGGCGCCAAGAGGGGGCGGCUGGAGGAGAUGAGGGACCGCCACGGGCUGCACCACCGCGUCACCAUGCUGGGCGCCGUGCCGCACAGCCAAGUGCGCUCCGUGCUCAUCCAGGGCCACAUCUUCCUCAACAGGUGCUCAUCCAGGGCCACAUCUUCCUCAACAGGUGCUCAUCCAGGGCCACAUCUUCCUCAACAGGUGCUCAUCCAGGGCCACAUCUUCCUCAACAGCUCGCUCACCGAGGCCUUCUGCAUCGCCAUCCUCGAGGCCGCCUGCUGCGGCCUCUUCGUCGUCGCCACGCGUGUCGGCGGCGUGCCCGAGGUGCUGCCGCCCGACAUGAUGCUGCUGGCGGACCCCAACCCGCCUGACAUCGUGGAGGCCAUCGCACAGGCCAUUCAGAUUGUGCCACGUGUCAACCCCCAGGCCAUGCACGAGAGGGUGUCGCGCAUGUACAGCUGGCAUGACGUGGCAGAGCGCACGGAGCGCGUGUACGACCGCGUCAUGGCCAUGCCUCUCGAUGACCUCCCCACCCGCCUCUCCAGGUGCACCCAUCCGCCUCUCCCUGCCUUGCAAUCAGCUGAGAGAGCAUCACGCACGGCUCCUGUGUUGCAUGACAGCACGGCUCCUGUGUUGCAUGACAGCACGGCUCCUGUGUUGCAUGACAGCACGGCUCCUGUGUUGCAUUCAUGCCUCCAUCAGACUGUGUGUCAUCAUCACAUGCCCCUCGUGGUGCAGCCAUCACAUACCCUCACGUGCCACUCUCACAUGCGCCUCACAUGUCCCUCGCAUGCGCCUUGCAUGCCGCGCACACGGUGCAGGUACUACGCGUGUGGGGUGGUGGCAGGGAAGGUGUUCUGCCUCGUGGUGCUCCUCAACUCGCUGCUUGCUGCAAUCCUCGCCCUUCUGCAGGUACUCCCCACUCCCCUCCCUCGCCUCCCUCCCCUCUCUCCCCUCUCUCCUCUCUCCCCUCUCUCCCCACUCCCCUCCCUCCCCUCUCUCCCCUCUCUCCCCUCUCUCCCCUCUCUUCCCUCACUCCUCUCACUCCCCUCACUCCCCUCUCUUCCCUCGCUACCUUCGUCCCCACUCUCCCUUCACUCACCUCGUCUCCACUCUCUCUUCCCUCCCCUCGCCCCAACGCUCCCCUCGCUCCCCUCGCCCCCACUCUCCCCUCUCUCCCCUCGCUCUCACCCUCCCCUCCCUCCCUACCAACCUCUCCUCGCACCACCUCAGCCCAUGAGUGCAUCCCUCCCACCACCCGUCCCACCGCUCCUCCCACCGCCCCACCACCCAUGGCGAGGGUCCAGCCGGAGCAGCACAUGGAGGUGGCGCCCGACUUCCCCAGCUUGCCCACUGCGCACCUGCCACCGCCACCGCCGCCGCCUCUCUCCUCUCAUGCACGCCAGCAUGAUGCCCACAGCACGCCUCAACCACGCUGCUGACGCAAGUCUUUGCUUUAUUGAAUGCCACAGCGAUGAGUGA